UGCGCCAGAAGGCAACCGUACAGACAGUCAAGUUCUUUCAUGCCAGGACAGACACGAAGCUGAACGUCCUGUGAAUUUCACAACCUGAUUUCAAAAUGAUCACAACAAAGAGGAAGUGAAAGUCAGCAUGGUGGGCUGCUCUCUGGGAUGUGUUUAUUCACCUGGGAACUAAGUUCCCUUCAGUUUCUCAACUGGGACAAAACCAGCUGCCUCCCUGUCUUGGCCCAAACGCCCCUCUUUACACCAGCUCAGUCCUGCAUCCUGCUGGCUCCCGCGCAGUAUCACUGGGAGCCCUCACGCAACGCCGAGUCACGGUCGGGCCUUCUCUGCACUCGGGGCCCUGUACUUCCUGGAUCUAAGUCCCUACUACAUAUUUCAGACUUGCCAGUGAGGACAGGAAGGAGAGAAGCAGGACACACGUAGACCGCCGGCAGCCCAAAUUUGGCACCCAACAAGAAAAUGAGCAGGCGGAAUUGUUGGAUUUGCAAGAUGUGCAGAGAUGAAUCUCAAAGGGGCCUUUCAAACCUCACUUUGGAGGAAGUGUCACAGUGGGCCCAGUCUUUUGAAAACCUGAUGGCUACGAAGUAUGGCCCCGUAGUCUACGCAGCGUACUUAAAAAUGGAGCACAGUGACGAGAACAUCAAAUUCUGGAUGGCGUGUGAAACCUAUAAGAAAAUCGCCUCACGGUGGAGCAGAAUUUCUAGAGCAAAGAAGCUUUACAGGAUUUACAUCCAGCCACAGUCCCCUAGAGAGAUUAACAUUGACAGUUCGACAAGAGAAAAUAUCAUCAGGAAUAUUCAAGAACCUACUGAAACGUGUUUUGAAGAGGCUCAAAAAAUAGUGUACAUGCAUAUGGAAAGGGAUUCCUAUCCCAGAUUUCUAAAGUCCGAAAUGUACCAGACACUGUUGAAAACUAUUCAGUCCAGCAAUUCCUGACUCUCCCUGAAAGCUGAAAUUCAAGAUGGUGUAUUCAAGUCCUGGCAUUGGUCUUUUCAUUUGGAAGAAGACAAAACCAGUAAUAAAGUAGGAAUUGAACAGAAAUCAAACUAUAAACUGAUUUCUAGCUCUCAAAGAGAAAAGGGUCAUGGAAGAAAUGGGUUCUAGAACUCUUAUGAUGUGAGUAACAUGUUUAUAUCUUACCUAGAUAUGAGUAGUUCAAUUCCUACAUAAUGAAAAGGAAGACCUUUCUUCAUGACACAAGCAUUAUAAUGCUUUUUCCUAUAAUGGUCGACUAAUGAAUGUUCUCUUAUUAAUAAAAUUUUGUGAUUG